CACUGGAAGAGGGUGUUCUCUGUUCAUUCUGACUUGGCACCUCAUUCUGCACAGAACUUUCUGGAAGUCAGAGGGAGGAGGACACUCAGAGUGAGGUGUUGCCCUCAGCGAGGACUCUGGAAUCCCCUGGACUCAACGGGAGGGGGAGGCAUUCCCAGAAGCAUCAGCUCCUGGGCAUCUCAGAACCCGGGCUGGGACCCUGACCACAGAGUGCCCCCAACUGCUAAAUAGGCCCGGGGCCCCAUUGCUCUAAGGCCUGCAUCCCUUCCUCCGGGGUACACCCUGCCCCUCCCUGAGUCAGCCCAGGGAGAGAGGGGAAAAAAGGGAAGAGAAAAGAAGCAUUGACUACAGAGGAAGGAAAAGGAAACAGCAGAGGAGGGAGGAGAGAGGCCACACAGGAGUGGGUGACAGAGGAGAUCGGAGAGGGCAGAUCUAGAGCAGAUCUAGGGCAGGGGGAGAUCGAGACAGGGCAGGCCGAGCAUCCCAAAGCGUGCCCCAAGAGCACAGCGGCGGGGGCGGGGAGCCCAGGGGGCGGGCCGGCAUGUCCCACGGGACCUACUACGAGUGUGAGCCCCGGGCUGGCCAGCAGCCACUCGAGUUCUCAGGGGGCCGAGCAGGGCCUGGGGAGCUGGGGGACAUGUGUGAGCAUGAGGCCUCCAUCGACCUCUCCGCCUACAUCGAGUCUGGGGAGGAGCAGCUCCUCUCCGACCUCUUCGCUGUGAAGCCUGCACCUGAGGCCCGAGGCCUUAAGGGCUCCGGAACCCCUGCCUUCCCCCACUACCUGCCGCCUGACCCGCGGCCCUUCGCCUACCCCCCACAUACCUUCGGCCCUGACAGGAAGGCGCUGGGGCCUGGCAUCUACAGCAGCCCAGGGAACUACGACCCCAGGGCUGUGGCCGUGAAGGAGGAGCCUCGGGGGCCAGAGGGCAGUCGAGGGGCCAGCCGCGGCGGCUACAAUCCUCUGCAGUACCAAGUGGCGCACUGUGGGCAGACGGCCAUGCACCUGCCCCCGGCCCUGGCGGCACCCAGCCAGCCCCUGCGUGUCCUCAAGGCCCCUUUGGCCGCUGCUGCGCCGCCCUGCAGCCCCCUCCUCAAAGCGCCCUCCCCAGCCGGCCCCUCGCACAAGGGCAAGAAGGCGGUGAACAAGGACAGCCUGGAGUACCGGCUGCGGCGGGAGCGGAACAACAUCGCUGUGCGCAAGAGCCGGGACAAGGCCAAGAGGCGCAUUCUGGAGACGCAGCAGAAGGUGCUGGAGUACAUGGCAGAGAAUGAGCGGCUCCGCAGCCGCGUGGAACAGCUGACCCAGGAGCUGGACACCCUUCGCAACCUCUUCCGCCAGAUCCCUGAGGCCGCCAACCUCAUCAAGGGCGUUGGGGGCUGCAGCUAAGCCCGGCUGGCAGACUGUGGGCACCAGCCCCGUGGCCCAGUUUGACCGUGGGAACUCCCACCCUGCUGGGGUCCUAGAGCCCCUCACAGGCCGAGCCUGAGACACAGACAUGGACAAACGGCAGCGGGUGGCAAGGGAGGAGGGCAGGCCCCAGCGUGAUGGUUCUGUGGCUGAAUAAAAUUGCACCAUGACU